UGUGUGAUAGAGGCUCCUGAUGGUCCUCCAAAUAGAUGAGAAGUGAGCAUCAAGUGGAUCUGGAGUUGACAACAGAUGAGUCGCAGCAGACAGAAGCCGAAGCAGAGAGAUCAGUGCAUGACAAGACUUCAGCACAGCGAGCAGGAUGGUUUCCUGUCCCGAUUAUGGAUUUAAUUCGUUAUCAUAAUUUUAAAUUACUUGCACGCACAAUUCUCAUCUCAUCACUGGUUGUGAUAGAUGGUGCAUCCUCUGACAGGCUGCCUUCAACAGUGGACCACUGCUCUCCAAACCCGUGCCAAAACAGGGCGAUAUGCAGAACCCGAGGUGAUGGCUACUCGUGCUUCUGUGUGCCGGGGUUCCAGGGUGCUCACUGUCAGAUUGAUGUGAAUGAGUGUGCCUCACAGCCCUGCAAGAACGGAGGCACUUGUGUGGACAAAGUGGGCAGAUUUUCCUGUCUGUGUUCUCCUGCGUUCACUGGGGCCACUUGUGAGGUCCAGAUUGAUGAGUGUCAAUCACAGCCAUGUCUCAAUGGUGGCAGUUGCCAUGACUACAUCGGCGGCUUCACUUGCACCUGCCUAUCCGGUUUCCAAGGCCACCGGUGCGAAAUCAACACUGAUGAGUGCCAAGAGCAGCCAUGCCAAAACGGGGCUCUGUGUAUAGAUGGAGUGAAUGACUACAGCUGUGACUGCUCUCACACAGCCUUCACUGGCAGAACCUGUGAGACUCCAUUACCACCAUGUCACUCUGAACCCUGCUUCAACAGCGCCAUCUGUGAGGACAACCAGGGUAACUACACCUGUGAAUGCUGGCCAGGGUUUGAGGGGCGUCAGUGUGAGAUUGACAUCAAUGAGUGUGGCAGCAACCCCUGCAUGCAUGGAGGCCGCUGUAUUGAGAGGUCAUGGCAGGCUCUGUAUGGCAGCGAGCCUCUGCUGCCUGAACACUAUGACCAGCAGCACGCUGCAGGCUACAUCUGUAGCUGUCCUGGAGGAACAACAGGUUCCUUCUGCCAGGAGGUGAUAAACCAGUGUGAUCCCAGUCCCUGCCAGAAUGGGGGCAGGUGUGAGAGCCACAUUGGAGGCUAUAUUUGCCACUGCCUCAAACAUAGUCAUGAUGGCAUCCUCUAUGGAGGUGUAAAUUGUGAUGUAAAGCUAGUGGGCUGUGAGGGACAUGAAUGCCAGAACCAAGGCUCCUGCUCUCCUUUCUUGUUGGAUGGGACUCACGGAUACACCUGUGCCUGCUUGCCUGGGUACACUGGACCCCUCUGUAAGACCCCCACCACCUUCUCAUUUGAACGCAAAGGCUAUCUGCUGUUGCAGAGUCCCCUGGUGGAUGCCGAUGUGUUCUGCAACAUCACUCUCAGCUUCAAGACUGUUCUGCCCAGAGCGGUGUUGUUCCAGCGGAACAGCAGGGGGCUGCUGCUGAGCCUGGAGCAUGACAAAGGGAAGCUUCGUCUCACACUGAGGAAGGAGGACUCUGCUGGGGCUGAAGCAGAAAGCCCAAGCCAGGUCCUGGAGCUUCCACAAAAUGUCACAGAUGGAGAGUGGCAUUCUGUAGAAGCUAUACUUGCAAACUGGGUGCUCAGUUUGAAACUCUUGGAUGACACUGGGAGCUGUGGGAGCCAGUCGUGCCACAAAGUGGCCCAAAUCCAAAGCACCUUAGCUGGGCUGGCAUCAUCUCCUGAGAACACUUUCAUUGGAGGAGUGCUUCAGGACUCAAAUAGGCCCAACCACGUCUCUCCACUCCCAGCAUUCAUUGGCUGCAUGCGGGAUGUGUUUGUGGACUGGCAGCUCAUCGUCCCUGAGGAAUGGCUUAUUGACAUUGCUGUUAAUGUGUCCCCUGGCUGCAGCCACAGGGAUCGCUGCCUGGACGCACCUUGCCAAAACAGAGGACAGUGUAUCAAUCUGUGGCAGAGUUACCAGUGCCUAUGUCCAAGACCAUAUGAGGGGCAAGACUGUGAGGAGGAACACGCUGCACGCUUUGGGAACGAGGACUCUCAGAGUUAUGCAGCGUUCACUGUCACCGAUGAUCUGGGUCAUGACCUCUCCAUAUCUCUCUUCCUGCGUACGCGGAGGCACAAUGGACUCCUCCUGAUGCUCGCCAACAGCAGCAGUCAGUACCUUCACAUGUGGCUGGAGAAUGGCAAGGUCGUAGUUCAGCUCAGUGACUUUGAGAGCCUAAACGCGGAGAGUGCAGUUAAUGACGGGGAGGUCCACUUUGUGAGUGUAGAGAUGGCGAAAGACCGCAUGGUGCUGCAUGUAGCAGCUCAGAAACAGGGUGACGUGGAAGUCAGGACUGUUAAUGUGCAAGCAGGAGACACUGUGUAUGUGGGAGGACUGUUGGAGAGUAGGACAACUUCAGAGUUGGGUGGAUAUUUUAAAGGCUGCAUCCAGGACCUGAGGAUCAAUGACAGGAGGCUUCAGUUCUUUGGGUUGGACACCUCAGUGAGAUCGUUUCCUCUGAAGCUCAUGGGAAAUGUGACGGCUGGAUGCUCUGGAGACAACACCUGCAGUAGAAACCCUUGUCUAAACGGUGGGAUGUGCUACUCCACGUGGGAUGACUUUACUUGUACCUGCCCUCCCAGGACAGCAGGGCGGCACUGUGAAGAAGUCAGGUGGUGCGAGCUGUCACCUUGCCCCACAGACUCAGAGUGCCGGUUGCUGAACCAGGGAUAUGAAUGCUACUCCAAUGCAACCUUCCUGAAUGACAGCACUGUGUUGUGCUACCGGGGAAACGGCCACAUAUCGCGCAAUCUAACUAACCUCUCCCUAAACCUACGCACGCGGAAGCGUAAUGCAGUCAUACUCCACGCAGAGAAGGGUUCAGCGUUCAUCACAAUCUCCGUCCAGGAUGGUUUCCUCAUCAUGGAGUUUCAGAGCAACACUGAAGAAGACAGAGAGAAGGAGGAGGAUGAAGGGGAGCAGAGUGUGUCUAUUGUAAGUCUCAGCAGCAGGACGAGUGUUAGUGAUGGUGAGUGGCACAGCAUCCAACUGUUCAUGGCAGCACCAUGGGCACAAACCUCCCGGUGGACACUGGUGCUGGAUGAAGAAAUAGAGGAAGCCAGCAUUUCCAGGAACCAAGGAGGCAAUCUGGACUUCCUCAGGCAGGGGGUGGACAUCUUCUUAGGGGGCUUGGCUCCUGAUAAUGGGUGGUCCCUGGCUGGGUGCCUGGGCACAGUAGAGCUGGGUGGCAUCGCCCUGCCUUACUUCAGCUCCUCUGAUGUGAACCUCCCACGCUUGCAGGAGGAGCAGUUCAUCCAGACAUCCCUGCAUCCUCCUCUCCUCGGCUGUGGUGGUGCCGCCGUGUGUGAACCUAACCCCUGCCGGAAUGGAGGGGAGUGCCAGGACCUUUUUAAUACCUAUAACUGCAGCUGUGCAGAGGGCUGGGCAGGGAGACGCUGCAACUUCUUCACUGACACCUGCGCCUCCAGUCCCUGUGUUCACGGCAACUGCAGCGUGAAUGGGCUGAGCUACAAGUGCACCUGUGAGUUGGGCUACGCAGGUGUGAACUGUGAUGAGGAGGUGGAUAUGUGUGAAAACCACCUGUGUGCCCAUGGAGGCACCUGUCUGCACGGGCCGGACAGGUACGCCUGCCUCUGCCCUGAGAACUACACUGGACCCCUGUGCAAUGAACGCGUUGAAGAAAUUCCAUGGUACAUCACUGUCAGAAAUAUACGGCCUAAGCUGCCUGUUUCUGUGUGUGGAGAUGACACUAGAAACUACACCUGCUUCAAUGGAGGCAACUGCACUGAUCGUGAGCUGUCCUGUGACUGUCUACCCGGCUUCACUGGAGUCCGGUGUGAGCAGGAGGUGGACGAGUGCAAGUCCAACCCCUGCCUGAACGGAGGUUACUGCCGCAACCUCAUCAACAAAUUCAUCUGUAUAUGCGACAUGAGCUUCGCCGGAGACAUAUGCCAGACGGACUUGACCUCUGUGGGUUUGACCUCUGACCUCUUGCUGUCCAUCAGUCUGGCAUCUGUUGCUCUGCUGCUGGUUCUCAUCUUCACCUCGGUUGCCCUGGUGGUGGCGCUAAAUCGUCGCGCCACCCACGGCACCUACAGUCCCAGCCGGCAGGAGAAGGAGGGAUCACGGGUGGAGAUGUGGAGCAUCACCCAUCCUCCACCUAUGGAGAGACUCAUAUGAGAUGCAGGGACUGUAUUUGCAUCCACUAUACAGCAUCAGUGAAAAGAUGACUCCGGACUCUGUAGAAGAAUAUCUGCAGCCUGAAUGUAAACUCGGUUGUUCCCUCACAGUACCUCCAUUUGAAAUGACAGCUGUCUGUCUUCAUUUGCAUAUGCACAUGCUGGAAGACUGUAUGAGAGCUGGUGACUCAAUGUUUGUUUAAUUAUAUAUCCCAGUGUGUCAUCCAUCUUCCUGGGAUGUUUUGCACCUGGCUUCACCGUCCAGUAGCAGUACAUCCAUCUAAAUGAAAAGAUUUGAGUUCAGAACAUGUUGAGUCUGAUCUAUAUUUUUAGGAUUGAUGGGCCAGUGAGCAACUGAAAGAAAAUCCAGUCUGAAUUUGGGACACACAAACAACUUACAGCCUCAUCUAAAAAAACAAGCAGAAUGAAGUAGACAUUAUUCUGUAUUUUUCUUAUCAUCAACAAAUCUCAUGAAAACGAAAAAACCAACAUUGAGUUGGCCUGUCUCUCAAGAACCCAUCGGUUCCUACUGAAGGUAUAAAUCUUUAAAAACAGGUCACAAAUAACAAAAAAAUAGUUUCCAAAUUUUCCUAAAACAGCAGAGCACUGUAGUUUUUUAGCAAACCUCACUCAAAUGGGUGUAAAGUGCAUUUGUUUGGGACUAUUUUAAGAUGUGGAUUGGAUACACAUUUGGUGCACAAAUAUUUACUGCAGCAGGACAGUGUUUGUGGGAUUGUCUCAAAUAUAAACGGAUGUGUUUUUAAUAGUUUUUGGACAACAGUGGAGCUCUAUGUUAAAGAGGAAUACAAUAUAUCAAUAUAUCUUUGGGUACACAGAUAAAAGCUGUAAAUAGGAUCAGGUCAUUGUUGGUUUUGAUCUUUUUAUCGGAUUUGUUGAGAAAGAAAAAUAUAGAUCACCAGACUUUAUUACAGGAAAUGCCUUUCAAAUUCUUCAUGUGUUGUCUACAUGCUGAGUGUUGCUGCCAGUAUUGAUUUAUUUUUUGGACUGUAGCUCAAUACAGACAGAAUAAUGUCCUCUAAGAGUCAGGUUUCAGGAGUUGCACAAGUUCAGAAUAGUUUUUUUCUAGUUUCUGCUGACUUGUAUGUUGUUAGAAAGAACAACAGUCUAUAGACCGCAGUGCGUUUUCAAGUGUGUAUACCAUCAUGAUGAUUUAAUUGUUUUCAAACUGUGAAUUUUAUUUCUGCCUUUAAUUGUUGUCGACUGUACAUAGAAAAAUGUUCUGUUAAUUAAAGUGAAUUUAUUUGUGUUGAUUUAUAUUAUGUAUGUUUAUUUAGGAACAGUGAUGUGCUACUAUAAAAUAUUAGUUUUUUGGCUUUAGUGUUUGCCGAAUCGAUAAACCAAUGCACUGAUGUUCUCAUGCACAAACUCUAAAUAAAUCAGCAGUCUCUUUGUAUGUGCUGUGUCAGCUGGGAGUACACGAUAUACCACCCUGACUAUUUCGUCACUGACAGACAUCGCUUCUUUCCACGUACUGUUGUUUUGGUGUGAAAAACCCCCAACAAAAAACAAGCCCACAGAUGGGUAAGCAUGAAACAGUAUAAUUUAUUUUCAGUUCACAGUGCAUACAUUAUGUGCAGUUGUACCAAGUUACUCAUGAAUAGCACAUUAGAUUGACCUCAGUUGUUUAAGACUGUUGUUUUCUCUGCAGAACAUGCAAGUGUGCACAGAAUCAGAAAAAUCAGUAGAUGGCAUACUGAAGAGUUAAUCAUCAUUACAAUACCUAAAAAAUUAAGUGAAAUAAAAUAAAAAAAAAGAAAAGAAGUUGCUAACUGUAACUUGUCCAAGAUUGUCACUACAUUGAACACGCGCCUCUUCAAAUGUGCGGCUAAUAGGGAAGUGAUGCUAAUAUCUUGUUAAUUGGAUCCUGUCUUCUCACUCCAUAGUACCUCAGUUAAAGCUGCUACAUAAUCUGUCACCUCCCACUCACUCCAAAUUGGUAAUUUCAGGACAAUUAUAUAUAUUUACUUUAUAUGAUUACUUUACACUCUAUUGUUAGCAGAGUAUAAGGUAUCACAAGCCUGCAGACAUUGAAAUGCAAAUCCCCUGACAAUCAUUUCUUCAUUGUUGUACAACAUUAGUGUAAACGGGAGCAGAGAUACUAAAGCUUUUAAUAUCACUCUUAACAGCAGCUGACUGCUCAAGUAUUUCUCCCCUCAAACCUCUACGGUUAGAUUUACAGUAGCCAGUAACCAAAGCAGAAAUGUUUCCUUCUUUGUUAAAUGCAAGGCAGAUGACUCUACAACACCCAAUGCAAGGCAAUGUUAAUUCCAUCGUUCUGGAUCUGAUGGAAGUACGAAAUACUGAAAAUAAUAAUUAAUACCAACAGAAUAGUCCACAUCUGUAAAAUUAAAGUCAAAGUAUUACAACACAUAAAGGUACAUACAUGCAGAUACAACAAUAAGCAUUGUACCAUGUACAAGCAAGCGUCAGUCUUUGCUCUUUUUUGAUUAGAAGGUGUCAAAUGCUUCUGAACAUGAAUGGCUACAUGGGACGUUUUGUUAAUAUUAUCUCUCCAUUUUUUUUUCUUCCAAAAAUAAAAUCUAAAACAUUCAAAUAUUAGGUGUCAUUUUUCUACAACAUACAACACCAAUCAUAUAUUAUCCAUGUAAAAUAAAUUCAAGCCAGCAAAAAUACACGUCUAUUUAGUUGAAAAUAAAUUUUCAUCAAUAUGAAAUCAACUGGAGAAACUCCUCUGAGAAAUGUUUUUUUUUCUUUUUCAAUACAGUUACCUCAGAACGAGUGUUCAAAGUUUUUUUUUUUU